AUGGGCGCAGCCACUCUCAUCUAUGAGGCACGAUGGCUCCUCGCUUCGGUUGUGCUCGCGAUUUGGGUGGUCCUCAAGAUCAAGCAAUUUUGCCGGUUGCGCCAUUUCAAAGGACCCUUUGGCACUGGCUGGUUCGAGAUUUGGCAUGGCCUUGCCUACCUUUCUGGAAAUGUACACUUGAAGUUCAAGGAGGCCACGGAUAAAUACGGACCCAUUGCUCGCAUCGGACCCAACGAGCUGAUGACUACAUCUCUCGAGUUGCUGGCACACAUCAAUGGGGCGAGAAACAGAUACACGCGAACAAGAUGGUUCUACAUUGCCGCCCGCUUCCAACCGAACGGCGACAACAUUUUAAGCGAGCUCGACGAUAACAUACACACCAAACGUAGAGCUCAGAUGGCUGGCGGAUAUUCUGGCAAGGAAAACCGUGAGCUCGAGAGUUCGGUAAAUAUUCAUGUUGCAGAACUAGUCCAACUUAUUCGGACCAAGUACUGCUCGACCGAGAUGAAGACAAACCCAUUCGAUCUCGCACAGAAAGCUCAGUAUCUCGCCCUCGAUGUCAUCAGCCAUAUUGGAUUUGGCGAGCCGUUUGGGAUGCUUCUUUCAGAUCAAGAUGUGAAUGGCUAUAUCAAGCACGCCGAUCAGGGCAUGAACGCAAUCAUGUAUCUGUGGGGCCUCGGACUGACAGAGCUCGUACUUGGUACGCCACUCAUGCAUCUCUUGGGACCAUCGGACAAAGCAAAGACCGGCUUCGGAGCGAUGACGGCCAACACUCGCAAAAUCAUCUCUAAACGUCUUGAGGACGACCCCGGCAUGACCAAGGGGAGCGACAUGCUCGCCUCGUGGUUCCGUCAUGGCUUGGACAAAGAGCAGCUCAUUACCGAGUCCAUUCUCCAGCUCCUUGCCGGUGCCGAGACCGCUGCCACUUCCAUGCGAUGCAUCAUGCUGUACCUCGUUACUAACCCGCGUGUCUAUGUCAAACUUCAGGCCGAGGUGGAUGCCGCCGUUAAAGAUGGACGAGCGCCGCCGUACCCAAGUGUUGUUUCCAAUGCUACGCAAAGGCAACUUCCUUAUCUGUGGGCAUGUUGCAAGGAGGGCAUGCGGAUGCACCCUCCGGUAACCAACUCUUCCCAGAAGAAGGUGCCGCCUGAGGGAGAUACCGUGACAGUGGAGGGUCAGACGGUCUAUCUUCCUGGCGGUACCAAUAUUGGCUACUGUGUCUGGGGGUUGAACAGGGACCAGAAGAUUUUUGGAGGGGAUGCCGAUUGCUACCGGCCUGAGAGGUGGCUGAAUGAGGACCCCAAGAAGCUGGCUCAGAUGAACCUGGUCCACGAGAUGCUUUUUAGUUAUGGGAAGGCUAUUUUUGAGUUGAUGCGAAAUUUCGACUGGAGUGUUACCAAUACGGCGGAACCCUGGAAGGAGAUGAACGCGGGUGCUGUAUUCCUGACGCACGACUUCCUUGUAGAGGCAACUGAACGGUCGGUGUCUUAA